AUUUCAGUGGUUGGGAGAAUGGAUGGGUACACAUAUCUAUCCAAUUUGGUGUACUCUCCACAACCAAAUUUCUCUACCAAUUCGCUCUGGGAAUGGGAAUUGAAUCAAGAGAGUUACAGAUCAAAGGUUUAUUACAAUAUCUCUGAGUUCAAUGUGCCAGAAUUCGAGGAGUUUGAUCCUACUCCUUAUGGUGGUGGUUAUGAUCAAGCUCUUACUUAUGGGAAACCUCUUCCACCUUCAGAUGCAAUCUGUUAUCCCCUUUCAAUUCCACAGCCUACAGAACCCAUUUCACCACCACCCUUGCAGGUUCCCACAAACGGAUCUACCAAUCUGCCUAAUGGAGGAGAAGAGGAGGUUGAACACAGCAAAAGCCCUCCUAACAGGAAGAAGAGCACAGAGGAGGACCAGCCAUCUUAUGGAGGAGAAGAAAUCUUCUCUCAUGGAGACUAUGGUGUUCCUGGGAAUGGCUUUGAUAGUGGGUAUGAGUAUCCACUAGAUUCAUUCUAUCCAGGUUGGUCUGAUUAUAAUUAUGGUGAUGGGUAUGGGAGGCAAGAGCCUCAAACUUCUUGGUCUGAUUGUGGGUAUGAUUAUGGCUAUGGAAGUAAGGAGCUUGAGCCUCAAGCUCCUGAAUAUGGAAUCUGUGCAAGUCUGUUUGGUUAUUGGCCUUGCCUGUCUGAAAAAGAGAAAGAGCAGAGGAAACAAAUUGGUGAGGAACAAUGCUAUGGGAACCAGUGGAGUUCAACAGCAGAUUUUCUAUUUGGAAGCAUGUAUCCAUAUGGUGAAAGGAGGGACAAUGGAGAAGUUAACAGUGGAUAUGAAAGGUACUACCAAGAGCAGCAUAAUUACAAGCAAAAAGAGUGUAAUGUGCCCCUCUGGGUUCAGAAUGGGAGCUACUAUCAAGCUUCUCCCUCUCAUUACAUUGAUGGGGAAGACUCCUACUGGGAAGAUUCCUACAAUCAGAGCAAAUACUAUGAUGAAUGAUCCCUGUGAAGUUUGUAAUCUUUCGCAAAUCCAUUACUUCUGCUUUUAUAGUGUAGAUACUUCCAUGUAUGUAACUGUGCGAUUUCAAUCAAUUAAUUUCUACUGGAAUUCUCUUU